GUUGUUCAGGAUCAUGUCGUGGAUAACAUUCAUCAAGAUCAUGGCCAUUAGCGAUUAUUCCUCUUAUUCGCAUUUUUGCACUAAAAAUUUAGUUUUACGUAAAAAUAAAAAUAAGAUUUCGAAAUUUGAGAUUUUUAAUCAACGACCGUUUCCAGACUCGAUACGCCCUGUAUAUAUAGUUACUUGAAAAUUAGAAUUAUCAGAAAUGGCCAGCAUUGGCUAGCACAAUCUCUACGUUAUUUUUAACAGUGAAGCUGCAGAUAAGAUUUCUGCGUGCUGAUAUUCAUGAUUUUAAUACGAUCAGUCCUACGGUCUACCACGUCAUCUGAUUUGGCAAUAACCCAUUUGAUACAUUGAAGUCGAACCUACGUACUCCUCAGAGACGUUAUUAUGGCAGCUCAGGUACACGAAUUUAACGUCGAAAUGACGUGCGAGGGAUGCUCGACAGCUGUGCAGAAUGUACUCAAGAAAAAAGCAGGAAAAAAAAAUACAUUCCAGUCGACACAAACUAAAGGUAUCGAUGACAUCAAGAUUGAUUUACCAGAGAAGAAGGUAUUCGUGACCACUGCGCUCAAUUCGAAUGAGAUUUUAGAAACGCUCAAGAAAACAGGAAAAACUUGCCAAUUUUUACAAACUCAUUAAGGGAAUUAAUAAGUGGGUGAUUAUGUGACGUGAUUGUAACAGGGGCUACUAAAUACGUCAAGCAUUUAUAUAACAGA